GGAGGUUUGACUUCUCUCGGCCGUAAGCCGUUCCGCCCGUUGUCAGUCCCCUUCAUCCAUCCUCUCCGCUCUCACUGCCGGAGCUCUCGUUCUUCUUCCAGCCUGCUUCCAUGUCUGAUCUGAAAUACUCAAAGCCUUUUGCUACUGCUUCACGGAAUUUCGAGGCGCACCUACAGGAGAGUUUGUGCACACACCCUGUAGCAGCUCACCAUGUCCGCCUCACUCACACGCUCUCUCGGCCUGCUGUCUCUGCGCAGUGGGUCGGGAGCCCUUGCCGCCGCCACCACUGCCGCCACGGCUCAGGCUGCUCACGCCAUCGGCAGCACUUCGCGGGUGACACUUGGAAUGACCCUCGCUUUCUCACAAGGUCCAAUUCAACGGAGAGGAUAUGCUUCGGAAGCGCUGGGGCCCAUCAGCCUUGGCAACUUGAAGCCAGCCGUACCGACGAAGAACCGAAAACGACUGGGUCGUGGUCCUGGGUCAGGGAGGGGCGGUACCGCUACAAGAGGACACAAGGGACAGAAGGCAAGGUCCGGCAAUGGCAAGCCUACGCCAGGCUUCGAGGGCGGUCAAACACCGAUCAUGCGUCGGUUCCCAAAGAGAGGCUUUACAAAUAUUCACGGCCAUGAGUACGCACCCGUCAACCUGGACCGCAUUCAGUAUUGGAUAGACCUGGGCCUGUUAGAUCCCGCCCAGCCCAUAACAGCCGCAGAACUACUUCACAGCCGCUGCAUCCAUCAGGUUAAAGACGGCGUCAAGAUUCUCGCCGACGGAGCGACGCGCCUACGGACUCGUAUCAACCUCAUCGUCUCCAAAGCUUCACAAAGCGCUAUUAAAGGCAUUGAACGCGUAGGGGGUAGCGUCGAGUGCAGGUACUACAAUCGCCUCAGUCUGACCGCGCUCGUCAAGCCACACAAGUGGAUCGAGAAGGGCAAGUUGCUCCCACUGCCUGCAGAGCCAACAAAGAAGCGAGACUUACUAUACUACGCUUCACCCAACAAGCGAGGCUACCUUGCCAAGCGUGCGAUCGGAGCUGCGAUCGCUCAACGGGACGUCGAAUCCGCAGGUCCAAAAUCAUCGCCAGCUGCUCCAUCAACCGAGGCAGCGACGGCAGACGCCCAAUCUGCACCACCAGCCGCAUAACGCUGCAUGUACCCUUCCGCAUCACUGGCUUCCCAUGCAUGCAUACACAGA